UCAAUGGGGCCCGCUGGAAUGAUUACUCUGUUGCCUUGGAGAUGAAAUGAUGAUGAUCCUGCUGUUGUAAAUGUAGGGCAGAAGACUUAAUGGUGUGAGCAGUAUGGACCUAAUGAAUGGGCAAUCGAGCAAUGUUAAUAUUGCAGCUAUUGCUUCAGAGAAGAGUAGCAGCUCCGAAUCCUUAAGUGACAAAGGUUCUGCUGAACUGAAGAAAAGCUUUGAUGCAGUGGUAUUCGAUGUCCUCAAGGUUACUCCAGAAGAAUAUGCUGGUCAGAUAACACUAAUGGAUGUUCCUGUAUUUAAAGCAAUUCAGCCAGAGGAGCUGGCAAGUUGCGGGUGGAAUAAAAAAGAGAAGUACAGUUCUGCACCAAAUGCAGUUGCCUUCACAAGAAGAUUCAAUCAUGUAAGCUUCUGGGUUGUUAGAGAGAUUCUUCAUGCACAAACUUUAAAAAUAAGAGCUGAGGUUCUGAGCCACUAUAUUAAAACUGCUAAGAAAUUAUACGAGCUGAAUAACCUGCAUGCCCUUAUGGCAGUGGUGUCUGGAUUACAAAGUGCCCCCAUCUUCAGAUUGACUAAAACGUGGGCGUUAUUGAGUCGAAAAGACAAAGCUACCUUUGAAAAGCUGGAGUAUGUUAUGAGUAAAGAGGAUAAUUAUAAGAGACUUAGAGAUUAUAUCAGCAGCUUGAAGAUGACUCCUUGUAUUCCUUAUUUAGGUAUUUAUCUCUCGGACUUGACAUAUAUUGACUCUGCGUACCCAUCUACAGGGAGCAUUCUAGAAAGUGAACAGAGAACGAACUUAAUGAACAAUAUACUUAGAAUAAUCUCAGAUUUACAGCAGUCCUGUGAAUAUGAUAUUCCUCUGUUGCCUCAUGUUCAGAAAUACCUGAACUCGGUUCAGUACAUAGAAGAGCUACAGAAAUUCGUAGAAGAUGAUAAUUACAAGCUUUCAUUAAAGAUAGAGCCAGGGACCAGCACCCCACAUUCUGCUGCUUCCAGAGAGGAUUUAGCAGGCUCUGAAGUGGGAGCAUCUCCACAAAGUGGAAGGAAAAACGUUGCAGCUGAAGGAGCACUGCUACCACCAACCCCCCCAUCACCUAGGAACCUGAUACCACAUGGGCAUAGAAAGUGUCACAGUUUGGGGUACAAUUUCAUACAUAAAAUGAACACGGCAGAAUUUAAAAGUGCAACAUUCCCUAACGCAGGACCAAGACACCUAUUGGAUGACAGUGUCAUGGAACCUCAUGCCCCAUCCAGGGGGCAGGCGGAAAGCUCUACCCUUUCUAGUGGAAUUUCAAUAGGUGCUGCUGAUAAAGACCCUUGUUAUGGACACCUCCACUCAAAGGUGAGAAGCCCCCACAGAUCAGCUGAAGGUUCAGGUAGCAGUGAUGGUUCAGAACUUAGUGAAGAGACUUCAUGGCCAGCAUUUGAAAGGAACAGAUUAUACCAUUCUCUCGGUCCGGUGACAAGAGUGGCACGAAAUGGCUAUCGAGGCCACAUGAAGGCCAGCAGUUCUCUAGAAUCUGAAGAUUUGGCUGUUCAUUUGUAUCCUGGUGCAGUUACUAUUCAAGGUGUUCUCAGGAGGAAGACGUUGUUGAAGGAAGGCAAAAAGCCUACAGUAGCAUCUUGGACAAAAUACUGGGCAGCAUUGUGCGGGACCCAGCUUUUUUACUAUGCUGCAAAAUCUCUGAAGGCCACAGAAAGAAAACAUUUCAAAUCUACCCCAAGUAAGAAUGUGUCAGUUGUGGGAUGGAUGGUAAUGAUGGCUGAUGAUCCAGAACAUCCUGAUCUCUUCUUGCUGACUGAUUCUGAAAAGGGAAAUUCAUACAAGUUUCAAGCUGGGAAUAGAAUGAAUGCAAUGCUCUGGUUCAAACACCUGAGUGCUGCCUGCCAAAGCAACAGACAACAGGUUCCUGCCAACUUGAUGACUUUUGAGUAAAAGGCUAAUUCAGAAUGUGAAAGAACAAUUAGAACUUUCUCAUCAUUUGGAAGUGAGGUCCUGAUGAAAGUGUGCCAGCUAUAGAUUAACUGUGCCAGAUCAGAGCCUACAGGCUCAAAUCUUCUAACUCUGGAUAAUGGAACAAAAAGCACUAACAGUUUGGGGAAUGGGAUCCCCUGCCGAAAAGGAUGGAAUUGCGACAUGAAUUGCCAUGGACCAUGCUUCUUAAUAUUCUCUAAACUGACCUGUGGAAACCACUGCCUUAAAGAGUGAAAGGAAAAUCAACAUGAAACACCAAAUAGUGUGUGUGAAACUUCUGGCGGUGCUGUGCUUGGAUUAAAUAGAUUGUAGCUAGUUUGAAUUUAUUUUAACUUUAUACUAAUUUUGGAAAUAAUUAACCUUUUUAGGCUUAAAAAAUAAUACCACAUUUAAGGGUUGCAUCAAAAGCUGGAUUUGAACUGGGGAUCUAGAGGUACUUAGACACUCUAGGGACACUGUUUAGACUAUACUGGCAGCCCUAAAUCGGGAGUUUCUUGGGUUCAGUUCACCUGGAGCACCAUUAAUUGUCUCAUACCUAGGGUACAAAAACCAGCACAAAUGCAGGGUUUAAAAACAUCUGUAAACUUGCAAACCUUAGUACUGUAUAGGGAAACUUAUUUCCUGCAAGUGGCACAAAGGUUGAGUGCUUAUACACCAUAGUUUUGGGAUUUUGUAAGUAAAAUCCUUAUAUGUGGUAUUCUUAUUCCUGUUUUAAGUAUAGUCCGUGGUGGGGUUUUUGUUUGCUUUUCGGAUUGGUUCGGGGUUUUCUUGUGCAGCAACUGGGGAGAGGUAUCGGGUCAGAACUGAAUGUUUCCUUUCCUUUGUUUCUAUCCCUUAUGCUUCUACAAUAGUCACUCUCUUACUUGUGGUGGUUCCACAACACAACAAGCACUUAAUUUAGUUCACAGGAAUCGUCUUAUUUUCCUGGGGGUCCAUGUGCCUCUUUAUCAGGUACAGGUAGAGAAUGUCCAACCCCUCCCCCUCCCCACCCCCGAAAAAACCCACUCUGUCAGUAUAAGGUUUUUCAUGGGAUCAUUUAAGAGACUUCAUUGUUAUAAUGUUUGAGUCCCUAUGCCAGCUUCCAUCCUGUCAUUUUAAAUUAUUGGUUUAAUGAACUGUAUUGUUCAAUAUAUAUGAACUUGAAUUGUAUUACUAAUAUGUUGGCCUAAGCAAGUUCUAGCCUAUUUUGUUUUGAAAA